AUGGCCCCGCCAGCGAUUUACGGAGAGCCAAAAAUUAUUUCUGCCGAGGGGAACGUCACCUUGGAGGUUGUCGUGACCGGAGUAUCCGAGCCAGAGAAGACCAAGUGGUUGUUGGGCGACCGAGAAUUGGCCGAGAGCGAGAACUACGUCUUUUCCCAUGCCGAUGAGGGCGGAAAUAGGAAGAAGCUGACUUGCUUGAUUAAGGAAUUCGACAAACCCCUUGCCGGCGAGUACAAGGCCAAAUUCUACUCCUCCGAUGGUGAGAACAGCGCUACCUUCACCGUUUCCGUUGGAGAUGCCCCCGAAUUCCACGACAAGCCCCAUAUUGUGCAGCGCGAUGGCGGAAACGUUAUCGUCAUCAAGGUCCGCGCCAAGUCACACCUCGAGAUGAAGGCCGAGUGGUUCAAGGACGACAAGCCCGUCAAGCUCACCGACCGAGUAAAGGCUGUGGUGAAGAAGGACGACAAGGAUAAGGACGGCUACCAGUACCUUCUCGAGAUCACCGGCCCCAUCAAGGAGGACGAGGCCAAAUACAAGUGCGUCGUCAAGAACUCCGAAGGCCAAAACCAGCAGAGCUUGAACCUGUGCUUUGAU